AAGUGGAGAUCAAUGGGGACCCAUGCACUGUUGGAAUGUCAGCAGCAAACAGUACUCUUCUGGGAGGAGGAGGAGUGGAUGGAUGCAUACAUAGGGCAGCAGGCCCACUCCUGAAGCUUGAAUGCAGCUCCCUAGGAGGCUGCGAGACUGGACAAGCAAAAAUUACCGGUGGCUAUCUUUUGCCUGCAAAGUAUGUUAUUCACACAGUGGGGCCUGUGGCGCAAGGUCAUCCAGGUCCCAGCCAGAAGGAAGAGCUGAUGAACUGCUACAGGAACAGCAUGUACCUGGCGUCUGAGAGCAAGCUGCGCACUGUGGCAUUCCCAUGCAUCUCGACUGGCGUCUUUGGCUACCCUACUGAGGAGGCUGCUGAAGUGGCACUGGGAACUAUUAGGAGCUAUCUGGAGGAGAAAAAAGAUAAGUUUGACCGUAUUAUAAUCUGUGUCUUCCUGGAGAAAGAUGAAGAGAUAUAUCUCAGGAAACUACCAGGAUAUUUUCCCUUUGGUAACUGUCCUUGUGUCGACCUUUGGCACCGACGCAACACCGCCUCUUUGGUCUCAGGAACACUCUCUUCUUCAGGAGCCAUUUGUAUUUCCGAAGUAGAAGGACACUCUUCCGGACUGGAUUCAGGAACUGUACUUGGUCCUGGACUUGUAGGAUCCAUGUGAACUGUGAACUUGAAUCCGGAAUGAAAGCAGAAGCAACGAGAGAAGCAGAUUUUCCCCCUACAGACCUGACGGACCUGUCCUGUAAACUAUAACCUUGUGUUCAAAGAUUGAUCCUCUUCUCUGUUGUCACAUGCACGUUUUUGUUUUUCUGUGAUAUCAAUUAAAUCAAUGGCUUAAUAGUGUGAUUAUUUACCCCAACAAAAGGCAACAAAAUGGAUAAAAGGAGAAAGCACCUCCCUAAUCAUUUCAAUAAAAGCCAAGCUUAAAACCA